GAGCGCGUGGGGAGGCAGUAGUCCUUCCGCGAGAGUUGUGCCGGGGAAAAUCUCUGCGGGCAGGCGUGAUGGCGGAAGCCGCAGCAACGGGCGCCGGCGGAGAGGCGAUGGCGGCAGCGGUGGCGGCGGGGGAAGGCUCCUCGGGCGCGGCGGGUUUGUCUCUAGGCCGUGGCUUCUCGAGCUACCGGCCCUUCGAGCCCCAGGCGUUGGGCCUAAGCCCUAGCUGGCGGCUGACCGGCUUCUCUGGCAUGAAGGGCUGAGGCUGCAAGGUCCCCCAGGAGACGCUGCUCAAACUCCUGGCGGGACUGACGCGGCCAGACGUGCGGCCCCCGCUGGGCCGGACCCUGGUCGGAGGCCCAGAAGAGGCGGCCCAGGAAGCCGGCCUGCCGGUUAGGGCGGAACCCAGCCCAGCCCUUCCAACCCUCGGCAUUGGGUUGGAUUCCUGUGUCAUACCCCUGAGACACGGGGGCCUCUCCCUGGUGCAGACCACGGACUUCUUUUACCCCUUGGUGGAAGAUCCCUACAUGAUGGGGCGCAUAGCUUGUGCCAACGUGCUGAGUGACCUCUAUGCCAUGGGCAUUACCGAAUGUGACAACAUGUUGAUGCUACUCAGCGUCAGCCAGAGUAUGACUGAGGAGGAGCGAGAAAAGAUAACACCACUCAUGAUCAAAGGCUUUCGGGACGCUGCAGAGGAAGGAGGGACUGCAGUGACUGGUGGGCAGACGGUAGUAAACCCUUGGAUUAUCGUCGGUGGAGUUGCCACUGUGGUAUGUCAGCCAAAUGAAUUCAUAAUGCCUGACAGUGCCGUUGUUGGGGAUGUGCUGGUGUUAACCAAACCCUUAGGAACCCAAGUUGCUGUUAAUGCCCACCAAUGGCUGGAUAAUCCCGAGAGAUGGAAUAAAAUAAAGAUGGUGGUCUCCAGAGAAGAGGUAGAGCUGGCCUAUCAGGAAGCCAUGUUCAAUAUGGCUACCCUCAACAGAACUGCUGCUGGAUUAAUGCACACGUUUAAUGCCCAUGCAGCCACCGAUAUCACAGGCUUUGGCAUUCUAGGACACUCUCAGAACCUUGCAAAACAACAAAGAAAUGAGGUGUCCUUUGUCAUUCAUAAUCUGCCAAUUAUUGCUAAGAUGGCUGCCAUCAGCAAAGCCAGUGGGCGCUUUGGGCUCCUUCAAGGAACCUCAGCAGAAACUUCAGGGGGAUUACUGAUUUGUCUGCCAAGAGAACAAGCAGCUCGCUUUUGUUCUGAAAUCAAAUCUUCGAAGUAUGGAGAGGGUCACCAAGCAUGGAUUGUCGGCAUUGUGGAAAAGGGGAACCGGACCGCCCGGAUCAUUGACAAGCCUCGAGUCAUUGAGGUCCUACCUCGUGGAGCCACUGCUACUGCUCUUGUUCCUGAGAAUUCCAGUGCCUCCUCUGAGCCUAGCUCAUGAGAUGGAAUAGCAGAAGUGGUUUGGACCAGACAGCCUUUGUACACAAUCAUGGAUGAUUCUCAAAAGUUGAUUUUAGGAAGAAAUUUCCAAAGGCUGCCUGCAUAGUAGUUCCAGUUGCUCUUUCUAGGUGACUUGAAUUGGCCCAUCAAAAGCUGCACAUUCCAAGGCCAAAAGUAACAUUUAUUUUGAACUUCUGAGGGGUAGGUUUGUUAAUUUCUUGAGUAGAAGAAGAGCAGAAAAACCUUUAUUUACUCUUUCCAAGAGCAAGAUUAGGCUACUCAGGUUUGAGAGAUUUCUCUUGGCACAGGGUUGAUUGAUUUCUGCACAGGGAGUGAGAUUAUUAAAAUUACAUACAUAGCAGAAGUAAAUUACAAAAUGAAAAACAUUUAGAUCAGAAGCAAAUAAGUUUGGACCAAUAUUGUUGAUAAAUCUAAACUGUUAAAAGAGAUAGUAAAAUGCAAUGUCAAAUUGUUUAUUAGAUUUCUCUGAAAUACUGGCUCUUUCCUGCUCUGGACAAGAAUUGAGCAGCUUGUCCAAUGAUUGGGAAAGGAGGACCUCAGCCACCUUACUUGGUCUCUGUUAAUGAUGUCUCUCCCUCUAAACCCCUUUAAGGACCGGGAGAGGCAGAGCAAGCCCCAGAGCCUAGGCCUUGGUGGACAUUAAGAUGUUAAAUCUUGUGCUGAAAAUUCCUGGUGAUUUAAUCAAUAAAGUGAUUUCUAGUGAAAUAAAGAGAAUUUUGUUGAAAAAUU